AUGGCGAGCACGGAGACACAGGUGAUUGAGACCGAGGCGACGGCGGUGCGCGUGGCCAAGCGGGCGGCGUCCGACGAACCAGAAACGGCGUCGGACACGAAGCGGCUCAAGAGCUCGCACUCGCCGGUCGACGAUGCUGCCGUUGCGGCGCCAGUGGUGAAGACGGAGGACGUGGAGGCGGACGCGGACGCGGCUGGAGGCGAGGACACGAAAGCCGGUGCGGCGGCGGCCGCGACCGCCGAGGGGCCGGCCGCGAAAGCCGAGUCGACACCGCCGGCGGCGGGCAAGCCGGCGAUGCCGGCGCGGAUUCCGUUUCCAGAAAAGCCCGCCGUCGUCGAGGAACGCAAUGGCGAGAUCCAGUUCAAGGUGGUCAACAACGACAAUGCGCGCGAGAGCAUGAUCAUCCUGACGGGCCUCAAGAACCUGUUCCAGAAGCAGCUGCCCAAGAUGCCCAAGGACUACAUUGCGCGGCUCGUGUACGACCGGACGCACGUGUCGCUGGCGAUUGUGCGGCACCCGCUGGAGGUGAUUGGCGGCAUUGCGAUCCGGCCCUUCAACGAGCGCAAGUUUGCCGAGAUUGUGUUUUGCGCGGUGUCGUCGGACCAGCAGGUCAAGGGCUACGGCGCGCACAUGAUGGCGCACCUCAAGGACUACGUCAAGGCGACGUCGCCGGUGAUGCAUUUCCUGACGUACGCGGACAACUACGCGACGGGCUACUUCCAGAAGCAAGGGUUCACCAAGGAAAUCACGCUCGACAAGCCGCUGUGGAUGGGGUACAUCAAGGACUACGAGGGCGGCACGCUGAUGCAGUGCAGCAUGGUGCCGCGGGUGCGGUACCUGGAGGUGGGCCGUUUGCUCCUCAAACAAAAGGAGACGAUCCGCGCCAAGAUCCGGCCGCUCAGCAAGAGCCACGUGGUGCACGCGCCGCCGGCGCAGUGGGCGGCGGCGGCGGCAGCGGGCGAGGCCCUGCCGGCGAUUGACCCGCUCGCGAUCCCGGCCAUCCAGGCCACGGGCUGGUCGCCCGACAUGGACGCGCUGGGCCGGGUGCCGCGGCACGGCCCGCACUUCAACGAGCUGCGGCGGUUCCUGUACCAGAUCCAGAACCACAAGCAGGCGUGGCCGUUUUUGACGCCGGUGAACCGCGACGAGGUGCCCGACUACUACAACGUCAUCAAGUCGCCCAUGGACCUGUCGACCAUGGAGGAGAAGCUGGAGCGCGACGCGUACGCGACGCCCAAGGACCUGGUGGAGGACCUGAAGCUGGUCAUCAACAACUGCCGGCAGUACAACGACUCGACGACGGUGUACAACAAGUGCGCGGUGCGGCUGGAAAAGUACAUGUGGAGCCUGAUCAAGGAGACGCCCGAGUGGUACGAGCUGCUCGAGGACGAGUAG